AUGGCGAAUCAGCGCCAGACAGGCGGCCUCAUGCCGCUUUCUGAACUCAUCGAAGCUGUGAACAGGAAUAGGGGUUCACGACAAGCUGAAGCCAGUCAGGAUGAUGUAGUCAGAGCCAUUAAGAAGUUGCGUUGCCUGGGCAGUGGGUUCACGUUGAUCGAUUUACCCGGUUCCGGCCAACUUGUCCAGUCAGUUCCCGGCGAAAUGAACAUGGAUCAGACCAAAGUACUCGGUCUAGCUGAGUCCAGCGGUGCCUGUGUCUCUAGAACAGGUAACGACAAACUUUGUUUUUAUUUUACCAAUUUAAGGUUUAGUUGGACUGAAGAGCGAGCCCUUGCAGCACUGAACUACUUACUCCAGGAAGGAAUGGCAUGGAUUGACGAUGAAAAUGGUUCUGGCAGUACUAGCUACUGGUUCCCAAGUCUAUUUAAAAUCACGUCCAAAUCCACAAAAGUGUGA